AUGAGUGGAAGAGGUAAAGGCGGGAAAGGACUCGGCAAAGGAGGCGCGAAGCGUCACCGCAAAGUUCUCCGCGACAACAUCCAGGGGAUCACCAAACCGGCCAUCCGCCGCCUGGCUCGCCGCGGCGGUGUGAAGCGUAUCUCCGGUCUGAUCUACGAGGAGACCCGCGGAGUGCUCAAGGUGUUCUUGGAGAACGUGAUCCGUGAUGCUGUCACCUACACCGAGCACGCGAAGAGGAAGACCGUGACCGCCAUGGAUGUGGUGUAUGCUCUGAAGAGGCAGGGUCGCACUCUGUACGGGUUUGGAUGUUAAAUGGUUUUCUUCUGAUAAUCAAAAAUCAAAAAUCAAAGGUCCUUUUAAGGGCCGCCCACCUUUUACCU